AUGCUGGGCAUCGGCUUCAAGGUGAGCGACACGUCCGGCGCCUCGCUGCGCAGCUCGCUGGGCGCGUUCCUGCGGCGCGAGUACGCGGGCAGCGAGGCGGCGGACGCGGCGCUGGACCAGUUCGCGCAGCUCAAGACGGACGUGGACCUGGUGCGCACGCCGUCGGCCAUCUCGCGCCACGUGCUGCUGCGCUACUACGCGCAGCUGGACAAGAUGGCGCAGCGCUUCCCGUGCGACGGCAACAGCGACGCCGGCGCCGCGCGCGCGCCGCUGCUGCUGCAGUUCACGUGGAACGACUCGUUCUGCCCGCGCAAGAAGAGCACGCAGACCGGAGUCUCGUUCGAGAAGGCGGCCGUCAUGUUCAACGUGGGGGCGCUGGAGAGCCAACUGGGCGUGCAGACGGACCGCAGCACGGCCGACGGGCUCAAGACGGCCUGCCGCCACUUCAUGCGCGCGGCGGGCGCCUUCACGGAGGUCAAGGACAAGCUCGUGGAGCGCACGCUGGGCGCCAGGACGCCCGACAUGAGCGCGGAGGGGCUGGGGCUGCUGACCUUCCUGAUGCUGGCCCAGGCCCAGGCCUGCUUCUACGAGAAGGCCAUCAAGGACCAGAUGAAGGACGCCAUCAAGGCCAAGCUGGUGCACCAGGCGCUGGACUUCUACGUCUCGGCGCUGGACUUUUGCCGCUCGUCGGCGCUGGCCGGCUCGAUUGACAGGUCCUGGGGCGUGCAUCUGCAGUUCCAAGUGCACUGUAUGCGCGCAGCCACGCAGUACUGGCAGGGGACGGCGUCCAAGGCCGCGGCGCUGGAGAGAGGAGAAGGGUACGGCGAGGAGAUCACGAGGCUCGUGGCGGCCGAUGCCGAGUGCGACGAGGCGUGCAAGGUGGCGACGCAGAACAAGCUGCCGGCGUCGCUGUUGCAGUCUGCCCAGGCGGUGCAGCGCGUGGUGCGUGAGCACCUUGACGCGGCGAGGAAAGACAACGCCAGUGUGUAUCUGGAGAACGUGCCCAAAUUUUCGGAGCUGCCCGCGGUGGGGAAGGCUGCGAUGGUCAAGCCGUUGGGCUUCACAGCGGAGGAGCUGCAGCAGGAACUGGGCGGCGUGGAUCUGUUCGAACAGUUUGUGCCCAACGAUCUGCUACACCGUGCGGACAGCGUGAAGCAGGAGAUUAAUACGAUAUUGGAGCAGACAGUUGAGAAAGUGUCCAAGAGCAACGAAGCUGCCAAGGAGAAGCUCCACGCCAUGGGUCUGCCAGCGUCUAUCGAAGCUUUUGAGAAGACCAGCGACAACGGCAUCCCACGGACGAUUUGGCAGCGCAUUCAGCAUGUGAAAGUCACUACGGCGUCCGCGGCUAUGGGCCCGGGAGGAUCAAGAGAGAACCCAGUCGGAGCCUUCAUCCAGCAACAGCUUCAAGAAAAUCAAAGGUUGUCGGACGAUGCCGAGAAGAAGUUGCACACUAUUGAAUCGCGGUUGAGUCAGGAGGAAGUUGAAGACAAUGUCUGCCGCCAGAACUACGGUGAAAGGAAGUGGGCGCGGCCGGUGUCGUCCUCGCUGAAUCAGAACUUUCGAGCCGACAUUGAUCGCUACUACCGUUUGGUGAAGGAAGCCAAGACGUCUGACAACAUAGUACGGGACAAGCUUGCUGAUAACCACGAGAAGCUGGAGGCGCUAUCGCGGCCCAAGACGAGUCUGGACCAGGAGCUGCCCGAGUUGCAGCAAGAUAACUCCAGCUGCAAGGAAGAGAUAGCACAGGUGUCAUCGCUGUUGCUGCGACUUGGCCAACUCGUGGAGGAGAAGGACCAGGUGCUGCGUGAUUUCCGGGGCUCCUAUGACAAGUUCAACGCGCUGCCUGUGCUGCUGAGUGGGAACAGAACCAACAGUGUGUCCACAGACGCUGCACUUGAAACAGAAAACCAGUUCUUCCGCGACCACUUUGAAGGGAAGAUCGCCACAAUUUGUGAUGAAGAGCAGGCGCUGCUUAGUGACUUGGUUGAAGCGAACAGUCGCUUCGAGGCGAAGAAAGAGACCGAUCACGUGCUGCACGAACGCCAGACUUUUCUCCAGCAUCUGAGCGACGCUGUGGAUGUUUUCGAGCAGCUUGAGUCGCACGUGAAAGAAGGUGCAAAGUUUUACGGGGAGCUCGGCGCUCGGAUCGAGCAAUUGCAUCAAACUGUUGCAGACCAUUGCUCUGCCCGUGAACUGGAGAAGCGCGAGCUGGAGCUGAAUCUGACUGCUGACGAAGAAAUGCGGCAACGUGAGGCUGAAGACGCAGCUUUGGCGCAGAAAAUGAUGAACGACAUGCAAAUUCGCAACGCUGCUGCUGCUGGACCGAACGCGAGCGACGAAGCACUAGCGCGUCAGCUCGCUGGCAGCACUCCGCAGUACUACCAGUCCACACAGCAACAGUCUGCACCUCCUUCAUACGACUACGCGCAACUGCAACCUCAACAGCAGCAACAGCACCCAUUCGCGCAGUACCAGCAGACGCAGGGUGCAUCGCAGCCUCCUUCGUUCGGAAACGCUACGGCAACAGCACCACCCCCUCCGUACGGAAGCGUCUUCAAUCAGCAGCAGCAACAGCAACGGCAACAGCCAGCGUAUAGCUACUAUCAGUACCCUGGCCAGCAGCAGCAGACCCAAUACAACCCGCUUUUCCCGCGGGGGCCUUCGGGGGACUCAGUAUAG